AGUUGUAAGAGGUUGAACUUGAGAGACCAGAUCAGGCAAUGCCGCUUAAUACCAUCACAUGAUCCUCCCCGAGGCCCUGUAUUUAAUUAAAAUAGAGAGGGAGGCACCACAGAUGCCAGAAGAACACUGUUGCUCUUGGUGGAUGGGCCCAGAGGAAUUCAGCGUUAAACCUUGAGUGCCUGCGUCCGUGAGAAUUCAGCAUGGAAUGUCUCUACUAUUUCCUGGGAUUUCUGCUCCUGGCUGCAAGAUUGCCACUUGAUGCCGCCAAACGAUUUCAUGAUGUGCUGGGCAAUGAAAGACCUUCUGCUUACAUGAGGGAGCACAAUCAGUUAAAUGGCUGGUCUUCUGACGAAAAUGACUGGAAUGAAAAACUCUACCCAGUGUGGAAGAGGGGAGACAUGAGGUGGAAAAACUCCUGGAAGGGAGGCUGUGUGCAGGCGGUCCUGACCAGUGACUCACCAGCCCUCGUGGGCUCAAAUAUAACAUUUGUGGUGAACCUGGUAUUCCCUAGAUGCCAAAAGGAAGAUGCCAAUGGCAACAUUGUCUAUGAGAAGAACUGCAGAAAUGAGGCUGGUUUAUCUGCUGAUCCGUAUGUUUACAACUGGACAGCAUGGUCAGAGGACAGUGACGGGGAAAAUGGCACUGGCCAAAGCCAUCAUAACGUCUUCCCCGAUGGGAAACCUUUUCCUCACCACCCCGGAUGGAGAAGAUGGAAUUUCGUCUACGUCUUCCACACACUUGGUCAGUAUUUCCAGAAAUUGGGACGAUGUUCAGUGAGAGUCUCUGUGAACACAGCCAAUGUGACACUUGGGCCUCAACUCAUGGAAGUGACUGUCUACAGAAGACAUGGACGGGCAUAUGUUCCCAUCGCACAAGUGAAAGAUGUGUACGUGGUAACAGAUCAGAUUCCUGUAUUUGUGACUAUGUCCCAGAAGAACGAUCGAAAUUCAUCCGAUGAAACCUUCCUCAAAGAUCUCCCCAUUCUGUUUGAUGUCCUGAUUCAUGAUCCUAGCCACUUCCUCAAUUAUUCUACCAUUAACUACAAGUGGAGCUUCGGGGAUAAUACUGGCCUGUUUGUUUCCACCAGUCACACUGUGAAUCACACGUAUGUGCUCAAUGGAACCUUCAGCCUUAACCUCACUGUGAAAGCUGCAGCACCAGGACCUUGUCCACCACCGCCACCACCACCCAGACCUCCAAAACCCACCCCUUCUUUAGCAACUACUCUAAAAUCUUAUGAUUCAAACACCCCAGGACCUGCUGGUGACAACCCCCUGGAGCUGAGUAAGAUUCCUGAUGAAAACUGCCAGAUUAACAGAUAUGGCCACUUUCAAGCCACCAUCACAAUUGUAGAGGGAAUCUUAGAGGUUAACAUCAUCCAGAUGACAGACGUCCUGAUGCCGGUGCCAUGGCCUGACAGCUCCCUAAUAGACUUUGUCGUGACCUGCCAAGGGAGCAUCCCCACGGAGGUCUGUACCAUCAUUUCCGACCCCACAUGCGAGAUCACCCAGAACACAGUCUGCAGCCCUGUGGAUGUGGAUGAGAUGUGUCUGCUGACAGUGAGACGAACCUUCAAUGGGUCUGGGACAUACUGUGUGAACCUCACCCUGGGGGAUGACACAAGCCUGGCUCUCACGAGCACCCUGAUUUCUGUUCCUGACACAGACCCAGCCUCCCCUUUAAGGAUGGCAAAUAGUGCCCUGAUCUCCGCUGGCUGCUUGGCCAUAUUUGUCACUGUGAUCUCCCUGUUGGUGUACAAAUUGUUUUCAGAAAACAUAAGGAAUACAAACCAAUAGAAAAUAGUCCUGGCAAUGUGGUCAGAAGCAAAGGCCUGAGUGUCUUUCUCAACCGUGCAAAAGCCGUGUUCUUCCCGGGAAACCAGGAAAAGGAUCCGCUACUCAAAAACCAAGAAUUUAAAGGAGUUUCUUAAAUUUCGACCUUGUUUCUGAAGCUCACUUUUCAGUGCCAUUGAUGUGAGAUGUGCUGGAGUGGCUAUUAACCCUUUUUUUCCUAAAGAUUAUUGUAAAAUAGAUAUUGUGGUUUGGGGAAGUUGAAUUUUUUAUAGGUUAAAUGUCAUUUUAGAGAUGGGGAGAGGGAUUAUACUGCAGGCAGCUUCAGCCAUAUUGUGAAACUGAUAAAAGCAACUUAGCAAGUCUUCCUUUCAUUAUUUGUUAUGUUUCACUUAUAAAGUCUUAGGUAACUAGUAGGAUAGAAACACUGUGUCCCAAGAGUAAGGAGAGAAACUACUAUUGAUUAGAGCCUAACCCAGGUUAACUGCAAGGAGAGGCAGGGUACUUUCAGCUUUCCAUGUAACUAUAUGCAUAAAACCAAUGUAGUCCAGUUUCUAAGAUCAUGUUCCAAGCUAACUGAAUCUCACUUCAAUACACACUCAUGAGCUCCUGAUGGAACAAUAACAGGCCCAAGCCUUUGGUAUGAUGUGCACACUUGUUAGACUCACAAAAAACACUACUCUCAUGAAUGGGUGGGAGUAUUUUGGUGACAACCUGCUUUGCUUGGCUGAGUGAAGAAAUGAUAUUCAUAUAUUCAUUUAGUCCAUGGACAUUUAGUUAGUGCUUUUUAUAUACCAGGCAUGAUGCUGAGUGACACUCUUGUGUAUAUUUCCAAAUUUUUGUACAAUCGCUGCACAUAUUUGAAAUCAUACAUUAUGACUUUCCAAAGGAUGGGGUCCCUGGUUUUUCAUGGCAACUUGAUCAGUAAGGAUUUCACUCUGUUUGUAACUAAAACCAUCUACUAUAUGUUAGACAUGACAUUCUUUUUCUCUCCUUCCUGAAAAAUAAAGUGUGGGAAGACACAA